AUGAAAAUAAAAACCUGGAUCAUUUUGAUCUCUGCCAUUUCGGCUCAAAGUUUGCCACGUGGGAAGGAACCGCCUGAAAUUAAUAGUUUGGAGAAUGGUGGUUGGAAUUAUUCCACAGACGCGCCCCACCGCACCUCCGCAGCAGUCGCAUUCCGUCGUCGAUUCAACAGGGAUGUCAAUGAUGCCAACCUGGAAACCAAUGUGGAAUAUCUAAGAAUGGUGGCUCGUAUCACGAAUGGAAUGAGCAUUCUCGUAAAAUCUAUGCAUGGUGCUCUAGAAGCCGAACAGUUCAUCUCUGAAGUUCUUCGUUUCGGAGAUAUCACACCAACUCAGAUUGAUGCACUCGACGGAGCGAAACUGGAUGAGUUCUUGAACAAUCUGACAACGUUACCGACUGAUCUGAUGCCUACGGCUGCCGCUUCAAAAGAUAUAGUCGAGAAAGUGGAGAAGGUGUUUGAUGGGUUGAAGAAGAUUCUCGAUAAGAUUGAUGGAGUCGGAGAUAUAAAUGAAUGGAAGGAUGGGAAGGAACACUUUUUUAGAGAGAUCGAACGACUCAAGAAGAAUGGAGUCCCGCUGCGUUUUAUAUUCUUAAUAUAUGCAGCUGGUGUUAAUUGGGACGACCGAUCUCCAGAACUUCUCAAAAAUGAUUCAACAUCCAAACCACGCGACUUGAGAAAAAUCAAAGAUGCACUUGUCGAUGGGAUCUCUCCGGUGUUGAAAGCGGCGGAAGCAGUUGGUGUUUAUGAAAGUGUUGACACAACUCUCUAUAUGGAAGAGGCCAAAGAAAAUGAUUACAUUGAUUAUAUCAAAUCGGUUGUAAGAAAACUCCAAGGAACCGUUGUUCGUAUGGAUUAUGUGAAGAUCGUUUCCGAACUUCUGACAAGUCGUGCUGAGAAAGUCCAUCAGCGGAAACUCCGAGACACAUUUGGACUAUCCAACGGAGCAGCGGACUUUGCCUCGUUAUCUACCGAUGUUGAAAAUCCCUGGAUUCAGAAAGUGAUCAAAACGAAAAGUCUCAAAACUUCGUUCAGUCAUUUCGACAGGAUAUCAGAGCUCCUCACCAACAUUGAACAGACUUUCAAAGGAGACAUGGAAGGGUUCAAGAAAAUGUUGCAUUUUUUGGACUCGAUUUCCCAAAUCCUUGCAGAAGUCGAUGCCUCCAAGACAGACAUUCACCAAGGUCGUGUAUGUGAACGUAUUCUACUAAUCGAUAUCAAAACGGACUUAUUCACUCCAUUCUACCAGUCCCUUGUGACUAUCGAUAACAAGUUAAGCGGGUUGAAGAAUGCAACUCAAAAACUUUCAACACUUUUGAAGACACCUGGAACUGCUGAAAUGUGCGAUGAAGUCAUUGCGAUAUGUAAUGAGCUUAAGGAUGACGAUUCGAAUUUAAAAGAUGUCUUGAAGAAGUUUCGGGAAUAUCCGAAAAUGAAAAACUUGACAGCUCAUAUCACUAAACUUGGGGAAGUAACUUCCGCUAUCUCUACAAACGGACUGGACAACUACCAGACUGAAACCGCGUAUGUGGUGAACAACAUCCAAAGUUUGAAUGACUACCAAGACCGUCUUGGUCAUUAUACAGCAUACUUCAAAUGCCUUCAAGAUCAGGACAAGCUGAAAUCGGUGUUCAAAGCAUUGGAUGGACUCAAAGAGAUUCGUGGGUGGAAUCAGAGCACGGACUUCUUGAAAGCGUUGAGUGACGGGAGUGAUGUGAUGAAUGGGGUGAUUGGAGUAAAAGGAUACUUGUCGGAAUUGAAGAAGUCUGUGGAGUCGUUGGAACAGUUGGAUUCUCCAGAAGCUAAAAUGUUGAAAGAAUUCAUAUCGGCACCCACACACUCAGAGAAUAUCGGAAAAGGUGUGCAAGCACUGGAUGGUAUGCGUUUGGCACUCAAAAAUCAGGCUGGAAUUCGAAAAGUGGUUGACAAUAUUCCAGUGGUUUCGAGUCAUAAGGCACAACUGACGGAUACUGUAGACGUGGCGAAUCUGGAAAAGUUGGUCGGGUCGUCAAGUGAGAUUGAAGUCAUGCUCACGUCGUUGGGCACUUUUAAGAAGACGGUGGUACCCUUUGUCAGCACGGAUACGUUUGCAGCUCAAUCAGAGAUAUUCGAGAAUGGAAAGAAGGUGACGGGUGUGACUGGUGGCUUCUCCGUGAUGAGUGAGGCUGUCGGGAAGUUGAAGAAGACUGUGAAGGGUCAAGACGCCUCGAAGUUGAAUGAUGUUGAAGAUGGUUUGAAUACAAUGGACUCGCUCAAUUUGGACUUUGCCUCAUUCAAAACCGAUCUCGAUGCAUCCAAGAAGUCACUGGCUGAACUUGACUUGUUCUUUGCCAGUAACUUCAAGGCCUCCAAAGUGACUCUCAGUCCUGGUAAUACUCCAUCAGGGAAUCAAGCGAAUCCUACUACGCUCGGAGGUCAGCAAGUUUGGGCUACUACUGGUGUAGAUGAGAAAAAAGAGUUAAAUGUUGAUCUACUCGUCGGAAUUGCAGCUGGAUUUUUGGUGUUUCUUUAG